GUUACAAUAUCAAAAAUAAAUUUAUUUAUUUUAAUUUCCCUCUCAGAGUUCAAAAUUCAAAAUAUCUCGGAAAACCGUAACUCAUUUCUUCACACUUAAUACUCUUUCUUUUUCUUCUCAAUUUUCCAUUCAUUCAUUUUCAAACAAAUUCGUGAUAUGUUGCGGUUUCUGAAUCGUGGAUUAGCUUUUCUGUUACGAUUCUUCUUCCGUUCCGUUAAAGCAGCAAUGCGGUGCUUCUUCGGAUUCCGAGACAAUAAUCGCCGUCAUCCUCCUCCACCUCUUCUUAUCAACGCUCCUUCUCGCUCCACCACCGAUGUGUUAAUUUCUAGAAAUCGUUUGUCAUCUUUGUUAUCUAAAGAAGAGAAAAAAGAUUCAGCUCAGAAUAUUGAUGUAGGGUCUCAGGAAUAUGAUCAAGGACUUAAGGAUGAGGUCAAAUUUCUUAAAGCUUGUGGUACAAUAACAGGAACACCUGCAGAAAUUCGCAAAACAUCAGCGAAACUGAAAGUUUCGCCCAUUUGCGAUAAUGAUUCUGACACUUCAAAGUUUCAUUCCUGGCUUCCCAAUACAUCUGUUGAGAAACUUCAGCUGGAUGUCCAGCCAUCUGACCCACCAACAGCCAUAAAACUUUGCCAAGAAUUGGGGAAUAGCACAGACUCUUUUGAGCACACACCUAGCAGCUAUGUCUUCAAGGCACGAGACGCUCAACAUGACUCUCCUGACUAUGUGGAAGGAAGUUGGACAAGGAGUAUUCAUACUGCAUAUAAGACUAGAAAGAAUGAAGCUUCAGUUACACCUUGGCCAGUCACAGACACUCAGAAGAAAGCCAAAUCCGUACGUUUUGAAUGUGAAAAUGACUUGGUAUCUUAUCAAAGCCCGCCAGAUGAUUGGCGUAUGAAGAAUAGCAAGUCACCAGAUAGCCAAAGUGCAUGCAAACGAACACCUUAUCCUACCCCAUUGAAGUUAUUUGAUGAUAUGCAAACACCUGGAACUGUGUACCCUGCAUCAUUAGAAAAUUUAUGUGAUGGUAAACAUCGUGUUCGGUCCCAGUUUGUCUAUCCAAAUAACAACCCAGGUGAGAAUGUCCUCCUGAGCAAGUUACUUGAAGUGCAAGGUUUUAAUCCUGAGCAAGAUUCAAGUGAGCUGGGUGAUUCUGUCGAGCGAGAUCAAAAUCCAACUCCUACCCCAGAAAAAAGUUUGAAGAAAAUUGAAAGUGAAACUGAAUCUAAGAUGGAAGCAAGUUUAUCUUCUUGGUUAAAACCAGCAUCAAUCAUUAUGGUAGAAGGAAACGAGGAAAUAGAGACUGCUGAUUGUGAGAUCCUGCCAUCUGCUGACAGGUCUAUUAUUGGGGUGGUUCCUGCUCAGUUGAAUGAAGUUAAGGAUUCUCAUGUUGUUCCUCCUAAGUGGCGCAAUGGUAAUGGCAUACCCAAUUCAACCAAGAAGUACAAGGAAGAUCAGACAGUUAAGUGGCAUGCAACGCCAUUUGAAGAGAGGUUGGAUAAAGCUUUGUCCGAGGACAAUUUUAUUUCUCAAAGGAAACUUGCCAUUGCAAAACCAGUGUCAUUUGAGGAGAUUGAGGAAUGAUACUCAACUGUCUCAGCAACAAUCAUCCACAGUCAGUGGUGUUUUGAAACAUGUACAUGUCCAUUGAUCCAUCCCAACCCAUUAUGCUUUCUUAUAUUAGAAAUCGUUCAAAUAUAUAGAGACUACAAUAAACUAAACAUCAUUCAAUAAUCUGAUUGAUUAUACAAAUUGAGAUUUUACAUUGACCUAUAUUAGUCUAUUUGAGAUAGUACAGUUCCAUCCUUGUGGAACCGAUUAAUUAUUAUGGAGAACCUUCAUUUACUGGAA